GCGCAUCGGAAUUUCCUUAUCUACCUGGACCUUUACAAUUCCCCAAACGCCUGUGCCUGCUGUCUUCAUGGAUCUACCCUGGAUCGAGAAAUAUCGACCUUGCGCGCUGGAUGAAGUGAUUAGUCAGCUGGAUAUUUCAAAAACACUUUCUAAAUUUAUUGAACAGGGUCGGUUACCGCAUUUGUUAUUUUAUGGCCCACCUGGCACUGGUAAAACCAGUACGAUACUGGCGACCGCAAAAACUUUGUAUCCUGCAAAAGAGUUGAAUUCUAUGGUAAUGGAGUUGAACGCCUCAGAUGCUCGCGGUAUCAAUGUCGUCAGGGAACAAAUUCUCAGUUUUGCGAGCACCAAAAUGUUAUUUGCCGGCAAAUUCAAGUUAGUAAUUCUGGAUGAAGCAGAUUCAAUGACGAAGGACGCGCAGAACGCACUUCGCAGAAUUAUCGAAAAAUACACUGAGAAUACUCGUUUUUGUCUGAUCUGUAACUACAUAUCGAAGAUCAUUCCAGCAGUCCAGUCUCGGUGCACGAAGUUCCGCUUCGCACCCAUCGGCUUUUCUCAAAUGUCUCCUCGCUUACACCAGAUUGCGGCCAACGAAAACGUUUUGUUGACUGAUAAUGGAGUGAAGGCUAUACACCGGUUCGCAGCUGGGGAUAUGCGCAAGGCCAUCAAUCUGAUGCAGAGCGCCGCUAUGUCUGCCCCUCAGAUUGAUGAGGCGUCCGUAUACGCUUGCGUAGGCUAUCCAACUGUUGGAGAAAUUCAAUCCUUGACCGACUGGAUGCUAAACGAACCCAUCGAAUCGGCGUAUACCAAAAUCCUGCGAACCAAGAGCUCCAAAGGCAUAGCCCUGCAGGACAUUGUGACGGAGUUACAUCCUUUGAUUAUGAAAAUUGACAUGCCCGACCAGCUGCGGUGCGACCUCCUCAUCUCCUUGGCCGAAAUUGAACAUCGCAUGUCAAUCGGAGCAUCGGAACAUCUCCAGCUUGGAGCACUCGUUGCCGCAUUUUCGGCGACCAAAUCCCGGCUGGAAUCUAUGCGUCCUUAGUUUUGACAAUUGUUUGUAUCCUACAUGUUAUUUUUAUACAACUUGAUUCCAAGCAUUUUGUACAUUGAAUAUUGGAAACGCUUUUGUGGAUACGGUAGCUUACUUGCUGACAGACCUUCAUGUUGGUUCAGUUCAAGUCAAAAUAAGCUUUAU